AUGCUUGAUAUUCCCUCCAUGUACAAGAUGCUUGAUAUUCCCUCUAUGUACGAGAUGCUUGAUAUUCCCUCCAUGUACAAGAUGCUUGAUAUUCCCUCUAUGUACGAGAUGCUUGAUAUUCCCUCUAUGUACAAGAUGCUUGAUAUUCCCUCUAUGUACGAGAUGCUUGAUAUUCCCUCCAUGUACAAGAUGCUUGAUAUUCCCUCUAUGUACGAGAUGCUUGAUAUUCCCUCUAUGUACAAGAUGCUUGAUAUUCCCUCUAUGUACGAGAUGCUUGAUAUUCCCUCUGUGUACGAGAUGCUUGAUAUUCCCUCUAUGUACGAGAUGCUUGAUAUUCCCUCUGUGUACGAGAUGCUUGUGUACAAGAUGCUUGAUAUUCCCUCUGUGUACGAGAUGUUUGAUAUUCUUUCAAUAUACGAGAUGCUUGAUAUUCCCUCUAUGUACGAGAUGUUUGAUAUUCCCUCUGUGUACGAGAUGUUUGAUAUUCCCUCUGUGUACGAAAUGUUUGAUAUUCUCUCUAUGUACGAAAUGCUUGACAGUCACUCUGUGUACGAGAUGUUUCGUAUUCCCUCUGUGUACGAAAUGUUUGAUAUUCCCCCUAUGUACGAAAUGCUUGUACAGUCACUCUGUGUACGAGAUGUUUAA